AUGGCCUCGACGAACAGUGCCAAUGGGCUUCCCCACCAGAAACCUGCACUGCCUGCCGUCUACAUUGUUGCGGCAGCACGAACUCCGGUGGGAUCAUUCCUCGGAUCACUAUCUUCAUUGACUGCUACCCAACUCGGCUCCCACGCCAUCAAAUCUGCCCUCGAAAGAGUACCAGAAAUCAAGCCUCAAGACGUCCAGGAAGUCUUUUUCGGAAAUGUUCUGUCCGCAAAUCUUGGCCAGAACCCUGCUCGCCAAUGCGCCCUCGGCGGUGGCCUCGAACCUUCCACAGUAUGCACGACCGUCAAUAAAGUCUGCGCCUCAGGAGUCAAGGCUAUCAUUCUUGGAGCUCAAACCAUCAUGACUGGGAAUGCAGACAUCGUCGUUGCAGGUGGUGCAGAAUCCAUGUCCAAUUGCCCUCACUAUCUUCCCACUCUGCGGAGCGGUGCCAAAUUCGGGAACCAGACCUUGGUAGACGGCGUUUUAAGAGAUGGCCUGAGUGAUGCAUAUGGAAAGCAAGACCACAUGGGUCUCCAAGGAGAAGAAUGCGCCCGGGACCACGACUUCACCCGCGAACAGCAGGAUGAUUAUGCCAUCCAGUCAUAUCAGAAGGCACAAGCCGCUCAAAAGGACGGAGCCUUUGAUUUCGAGAUUGCCCCCGUCCAGCUGCCAGGUGCACGAGGGAAGCCAGGUGUUACAGUCGACAAAGACGACGAGCCAAAGAACCUGAAUAUCGAUAAACUGCGCGCCAUUAGGCCGGCAUUUAUCCCUGACAAGGGGACAGUGACUGCCCCUAAUGCUUCACCCUUGAGUGAUGGUGGCGCUGCCGUUGUACUUGUUUCGGAAGCGAAACUGAAGGAGCUUAAUAUCAAGCCGUUGGCAAAGAUUCUAGGCUGGGGCGAUGCUGCUCAGCAGCCCAACAAAUUCACCACUGCCCCGGCGCUUGCCAUUCCCAAGGCCUUGAAGCACGCUGGCAUGAGCCAAGAGGAUGUCGACGCAUUCGAGAUCAACGAGGCCUUCAGCGUUGUGGCGCUCGCCAACAUGAAGCUGCUGGGGUUGACCUCUGACAAGGUCAACCUUCACGGUGGCGCCGUCGCCAUCGGACAUCCUCUGGGUGCCUCAGGCGCAAGAAUUGUUACGACCCUGCUGGGCGUCCUGAAAGCGAAGAAGGGCAAGUUCGGAUGUGUUGGUAUCUGCAAUGGCGGCGGCGGAGCUAGCGCGCUGGUCAUUGAGUCUUUGAUAUGA